AUGAAUCCCUCAGCUUCUGCUACAAAACUAAUACAUAGACGAGCAACAACAAGCUCUCCACUGAAUAUCCUUGGUCACAGAUUCCUGGAUGCCUUCAGAUUAAAAAAGAAAAUUGUUAUCUCUAUGAAAAACACUCUUUUAUGGAACCCAUCAUCAGAUAUUAAUGCGCCCAACUACGCUUUUAAGGAAAACGCUAUCAAUCUGAUACAAAAACUAAGCACAUCACACCACUUAUACUUGCUCAUGCAUUACAAUUCUACUGAAGAAUAUGCUCAAAUACAACAUAUUUUCGAUAACAAUGCUACUAUUAAUUGCGCUGUGCAGAAAGACAAUAUCCUAUUUUGCGCGUCAGUUGCCGACAAAUUGAACUUUUUAGACCGCAUCCGGCCAGAUAUAUACGUGGAAGGCGACACAGGACAUAAAGAUGGGUCGGAAACAAUAUGGAUUUUACUUCAAGAGAAUCAUAUUGACGUAGUACCGAAGGUGAUAUGGAUUGACGGCUCGUUCGCAGCGCGUCCUCUGAAUUUUAUGGAUCAAGCUACCAAAUUACAAAAUGACAGAUUAGAAUAUGCAGAAAGUGUCUUUCAAUCGUCGAUCGCUUCCUUGACCAAGUAA